AUGGCUAGGACUCGGCCCAAGAGGAGCCAAUUUCGUCGUCGCGCUCGUGCUCCUACUUCACCAAGACUCGCAACCGUUUUCGAGUGCUUGGCAUGUCAUCUACACUCUGUCCGUUGUACAAUCAAUCGAGAUACUCAAAUCGGACAGUUGUCCUGUGAACGAUGUGGGAUCACCUUUGCAUGUCCUAUCAACCAUCUAAGUCAUGCAGUAGAUGUUUAUCAUGAGUGGAUCGACACUUAUGGACACCUCGAUACAACCUCAACCUCAGCUUCAACCUCAAGUGCACACUAA